GCCUUAAAAUCCCGCCUCGAAGAAGUCGCUGUUGGCGGAAAGUAGAGACUCGCAGCGCUCAGUAAAGUCUUUUUUUUUGUGUGUCUUCUUACUUCGAAUGAUUCUACUUGUACCGCCACCGAGUUUCGCUUGUAUAUCCCCCGUGUUAUUUUCACGGACGAUACCACGGUAGGGUUUUUUUUUUGUUUGUUUUUUAAAUCUAUCACAGCCACGCUUCUUCGUUAGCUAGCCAGCUAGCUCCACGCUAGCCGUCCCAUUGUGUGCUAACAUGUCGGCGGGAGGUAUUAUCCGCGGGCCGGCGGGAAGCAACGACUGCCGCAUCUACGUGGGGAAUCUCCCCCCCGAUAUCCGCUCCAAGGACGUGGAAGACCUCUUCUACAAGUACGGCUCCAUUCGGGACAUUGACCUGAAGAACCGACGAGGAGGACCACCCUUUGCCUUCGUGCAGUUCGAGGACCCCAGGGAUGCAGACGAUGCUGUUUAUGGACGUGAUGGCUAUGACUACGAUGGCUACCGUCUGCGUGUGGAGUUCCCCCGAAGCGGCCGAGGCGGAGCCGCAGGCCCCCCGAGAGGACGCUACGGACCCCCCUCUCGGCGAUCAGAGUACCGGGUCAUCGUGUCGGGUCUCCCCCCCAGUGGAAGCUGGCAGGACCUGAAGGACCACAUGCGGGAGGCGGGCGACGUCUGUUACGCCGACGUCAACCGCGACGGCAGCGGCGUGGUGGAGUUUGUGCGCAAAGAGGACAUGACCUACGCGGUCCACAAGUUGGACAACAGCAAGUUCCGCUCCCAUGAGGGCGAGACGGCGUACAUCCGCGUGAGGACGGACGGCCACGGCAGCGGCAGCCCCAGCUACGAGCGCUCCCGCAGCAGGAGCCGCAGCAAGAGCCGAUCGCGCAGCUUCACGCCUCGCCGCGGCCGGGCCUCGCCGCGCUACUCCCCCCGGCGCUCCAACACCCGUUCCCGCUCCCGCACCUAAAAGGCACCACGGCGUGGAGGGAACACCCCGCCUGUAUUUACCCGUUUUUGUUGUGUCUUCCACCUUUUCAUCUUCUCCGUUGCCCCUUUCCUACCCUCACUGUGAGCUGGGUGUCUUUCUUUUUUUUUUUUUUUUUCCUUCCUUUUUUCACCAUUCCUUCUUUUUUUUGUUUUCAAGCCAUCUCUUUCCUGCACCUGUUAAUGCUGCGCUUUGCUUUCCUUUUUGUCUCCAAAGCAUAUGUGGCUGACCUUCUUGUGUGUCUCUCUGUAGAGUUCAGAGCAGCAGGAUAGGAUGGGAAGACAGUUCAAAUUAGGAUAAGCAGGAAGGAGGAGGAGGAGGAAACAAAUGUGGCACGCAAUGGUAUGAUGGUUGUGUCUCCUGUCAGGCUGUUAAUGUUUCACCGUACCUUUUCUCAAAUGGAGUUUUUUUGUCUCCUCUCUCCCAGAGGGUUCCUAGGUUUAAAUGAAAAGGCCCUCUUUGCUUGUUAUCAAAUGUAGAUAUUUUUUAAGUUCAUGCCCAGGUGUGAUUCUAACUCUUUGGUUCUGCUGAUAUUCCGAAGGUUCGGACUGGGGCACCCAUUCCGGAGCCGGAUCAGGAUUUAGGAUUUAGGCAUCAGGAUGGAAACGUGGAUCAGGAGCGUUGGAGGUUUCUUUUUUCUUGUUUCCUUUUUACCACGUCCAGCAAUGUGCCGAUUAAGCGGGAUCGUUGUAGAUGACUUCCGACUAAUUUGGCUUGACAACAAACAAAAACAUUUAGUUACUAUUUCCACUAGUGGCAGUGUUGUGAUUUUUUUUCUUUUUCUUUUUUUUUGUAUUUUUUUUUUUU